AUGCGAUUGAACCCAGCUAAGUGUACCUUCGGCGUGGCCGGAGGGAAAUUCCUUGGUUUCAUGCUCACCUCCCGGGGAAUUGAGGCCAACCCCGAUAAGUGCGAAGCUGUGUUGAAAAUGCCAAGCCCCGGUACACUCAAGGAGAUACAAAGAUUGGUCGGCCGGUUAACGGCGCUGUCCCGAUUCGUCCCAAAGCUAGCUGAACGCAUUCGGCCGAUUGUGAAGAAAAUGAAAAAGGACGCGCCGGGCAAAUGGGACGCAGAAUGUGAGCAAGCGUUUACUGAAGUAAAGGAGAUCCUAAUGAACCCCCCCGUUAUGAACAGACCAAUAUCAGGGUAUGAAUUGCAAAUAUACCUGGGAGUUUCGGAUACGGCGAUCAGCGCCGUCCUGACGCAAGAAGAACCAUCCCCCAAACUUAUAUAUUUCGUCAGCCGAACACUUCAGGAAACAGAAACCUGUUACCAGCAGGUGGAAAAAGUGGCUCUGGCACUCCUUCAUGCUUCCCGAAGGCUUCGCCAAUAUUUUCAAGGGUACCAAGUGGUGGUUAGAACUAAUCAUCCAGUGGCCAAAGUACUCAGGAAGCCCGACCUAGCCGGACGCAUGGUAGGAUGGGCCGUUGAAUUAUCGGAAUUCGGCCUCCGAUACGAACCAAGGGGCUCCAUUAGAGGCCAGCAUCUUGCCGAUUUCGUGGCCGAGUUACCGAUAACCGGAAGCGACCAGUGGAGUUUGUACGUCAAUGGAGCAUCCGGACGACAGAACAGCGGGGCAGGAAUCGUCCUGGAAGGACCGAACGGUUUUUUACUCGAAUACUCCUUGGUAUUUAAGUUUAAAGCGUCCAACAAUCAAGCCGAAUAUGAAGCAUUGGUGGCCGGAUUAGGACUCGCCAAGGACAUGGGAGCGCGAAACCUGGUGUGCCGGACAGACUCACAAUUGGUCGUGGGGCAAAUGAAUGGAGAAUUUCAGGUGAAGGAGGACCACCUACUUAAGUAUUUUCACCGGGCGUCAUCCUUGGCGGCGACCUUUGAUAAGGUGGAAAUACAACAUAUCCCCCGAGAGCAGAAUACACGGGCCGACAUGCUGUCGAAGCUCAGCUCUGGCAAAGAGAAAGGCCAACUCACAACCGUUAUCUGUCAGGUCUUACUCCAGCAGUCUGUAGAAUGCUACGCCCUAACAUCGACCGGCAGCGACUGGCGGGACGAGAUAAGGAGAUUAAUAAAGAAGCAAGAGGACGGACAAUCGGUUAAUUCGUCUGACUCAAAAAAGAUCGCCCGGUUUGUAAUAAUUGGAGACGACUUAUACAAGAGGGGCUUCUCCACUCCGCUACUGAAAUGCUUAUCACAGGAGGAGGCUCAAUACGUAAUGGACGAACUCCAUAAUGGAGUGUGCGGUUUCCACUACGGACGAAGAACGUUAAAAGCACGCAUUCUAAGGGCCGGGUACUACUGGCCGACCAUGGAGGAUGAUACCCGAAUGUUCACGCAACGAUGCCUCAGUUGCCAGGCGCAUGCCAACGACACACGAGUUCCUCCCCAUACACUUCAUUCCAUAACCUCCCCAUGGUCGUUCGCCCAGUGGGGCAUGGACAUCGUUGGACCAUUCCCCCAAGGCCAGGGACAGAAGCGAUUCCUUCUAGUUGCAGUAGACUAUUUUACCAAGUGGGUCGAAGCCGAACCCCUAGCAUCCAUCACCGCCAUGCAGGUUCAGAAAUUCUGUUGGAAGAUAAUAUGUAGAUUUGGUCUUCCCAAAGUUAUAAUAACAGAUAACGGCAGACAGUUCAUCAAUAAGAAAUUGGAAGAAUUCUAUGCGAACUUGGGCAUCAAACACCUCACCAGUUCGGUGGAGCAUCCAUAG